ACAAGCGCAAACGAUCUCUCGGCCUGCUAAGCGACAAACCCAACCUCGACGCAACAUUUUCGUAACGGAAUAAAAAGGAAUCCUUGUGACCAGCAAGCGCAAGUUCUAAGUGUAUAAUAGUGUGCCCAGUUUCAUAGUUUAUUUAAAAUGGUUGUUAACUUCAAAGUAUACAAGAAGUGCUCGCCUAAUGGCAAGGUUACCCUCUAUAUGGGCAAACGGGACUUCAUCGACUCCAUUACUACUGUGGAGCCAGUCGAUGGUCUUGUUGUCCUCAAUGACGACUACGUUCGAAACAACCGCAAAAUUUAUGCCCAACUCAUUUGCCACUUCCGAUAUGGCCGAGAAGAAGACGAAACCAUGGGACUCAACUUCCAAAAAGAACUAACCCUUGCAUCGCAGCAAAUUUAUCCUCAGGAAAAGUCUGACGUAGUAAUGACCAAAAUGCAGGAGCGUCUUCUCAAGAAGCUCGGACCGAACGCCUUCCCCUUCCUCCUCACUAUGCCGCCAAACUCCCCAGCUUCAAUUACCUUGCAGCAGAAAGCUGGUGAUGAAAGCCAGCCUUGCGGUAUUCAAUACUUUGUCAAGGUAUUUGCUGGUGAUUCGGAACUCGAUCGCAACCAUCGACGAAGCUCAGUGGCUCUGGGUGUCCGCAAAGUACAGUACGCCCCAACAAAGCAAGGAGUACAACCAUGCACCAUUGUGCGAAAGGACUUCUUGCUCUCUCCUGGCGAACUGGAGCUGGAAGUGACCUUGGACAAGCAACUGUACCACCAUGGGGAUAAGAUUGCUGUUAAUAUUUGCAUUCGCAAUAACUCCAAUAAAAUUGUGAAGAAGAUUAAGGCAAUGGUGCAGCAAGGAGUCGAUGUUGUCCUCUUCCAAAGCGGACAAUUCCGGCACACUAUCUCGUCCAUGGAAACUACUGAGGGAUGCCCAAUCCAACCCGGAUCCAGUGUCCAAAAGGUUGUCUACUUGCAGCCGAAUCUAAUUCCUAAUCAAAAUCGGUUUGGAAUUGCAGUUGAAGGCGAUCCAAAGAGGCGUGAGACUUUCUUAGCUUCAACUACCCUACUCUCUGCUCCGGAAUGCCGCGAUGCGUUUGGAAUAAUUGUCUCCUAUGCCGUCAAAGUCAAGCUUUUCCUUGGCGCUUUGGGUGGAGAACUAUGUGCUGAGCUUCCAUUCGUACUUAUGCAUCCAAAGCCAACUCGUGGAAAGAUGUUGCCACAGGAAAGUGCUGAAAUCAAUGACGAGAAGAUCGUCGAUUAUGAAUAAACGGAAGGACGAUGAGCCAAAGGAUCUUAAGGAACAGGAACGCUUGACUGGAUUCCACUUUAUUCGUUCGUUUUAAGUUGCGUAACCAAGUUUAUGUCCUAUAUAUUUUAUAAUCGAAUUUCUGAAACAAACUACUCCAUUAUUUCGCUCGCGUAGCUUAAAAUAUUUUUCUCUUCUCAGUUAGAAUUAAAAAUGACUUAUUGUAACCAAAGUAUUCGCUGCUGAAAAUGAAAAUGGAUAUAUUACCUUAAAAUAGCACGAUUUGUUUGAAAUUUUAAUAGAUAUACAAAUAAACUCAAAUAUCACAUGCUGAAACCUGAA